AUGUCUACAGUAGCCCAGAAGCACUUUCUGGAAGGGCAGACAUACUCAGUCCCCCUGAUCCAACCAGACCUUUUUCAGGUGGCAGAUGCACUUCAGUAUCUGCAAAAGGUGUCGGGCGAUAUCUUCAACAGGAUCUCUCAGCGGGUGGAGGCCAGCUGGGCACAGCUUCAGGCCAUCGGUGAGAGAGUCACGCUCGCCCAAGCGAAGAUUGAGAAGAUAAAGGGCAGCAAGAAGGCCAUUAAGGUAUUUUCCAGUGCCAAGUAUCCAGCCCCUGAACGGCUGCAGGAGUACAGUUCAAUUUUUGCUGGCGCAGAAGACCCAGCAAAACAGAAAUGCCCAAGACAUAAGAUUCAGAGCAAACACCGAGUGCUGGAUGAGAAAGCUCUGCAGGAGAAACUCAAGUACUUCCCUGUGUGCUUGAGCACCAAAAUUCACCAGGAGGAUGAUGCAGAAGAAGGCCUUGGCAGCCUCCCCAGGAACAUCAGCUCCCUCAGUUCCCUGCUGCUCUUCAAUACCACCGAGAACUUGUACAAGAAGUAUGUUUUCCUGGAUCCUCUGGCUGGAGCAGUGACCAAAACCCAUGUGGCUCUGGAAGCAGAGACAGAGGAGAAGCUCUUUGAUGCUCCUCUCUCCAUCACUAAAAGAGGACAGCUGGACCGACAGGUAGCUGAAAAUUACUUCUACGUGCCAGAUCUGGGCCAGGUCCCAGAGAUUGAUGUGCCAUCCUACCUGCCAGACCUGCCUGGCAUUGCUGCAGACCUCAUGUACAGUGCUGACCUGGGCCCAGGCAUCGCACCGUCUGCCCCAAGCAGUGCUAUUCCAGAGCUGCCCACUUUCAACACUGAGUCAGUGGAGCCUUUGCAACCAGACCUUCAAGAUGCUGAGCUAUUGCCGCCUCCUCCACCACCACCUCCCCCACCGCCUCCUGUUAUGCCAACUACUGUGCCUCCUCCGCCACCCUUGCCCCAGCCCACAGCCCCCUCUGAGCCAGCGCGGACAGCAAGCGAGGAGAGCAGCAAUGCAGUGCCUGCAGCUUCACUCCAGGGAGCCCCGAAGGAGGUGGUGAACCCCUCGACUGGGCGUGCCAGUCUCCUGGAGUCCAUCCGGCAGGCUGGUGGCAUUGGGAAGGCUAACCUGCGCAGCGUCAAGGAGAGGAAGCUGGAGAAGAAGAAGCAGAAGGAACAAGAACAAGUGAGAGCUACAGGACAAGGUGGAGAUUUGAUGUCAGACCUCUUCAACAAACUGGUGCUGAGGCGCAAAGGUAUUUCAGGGAAAGGACCAGGAGCCUCUGGAAAUCCCGAUGCUCCUGGAAGUUCUGCUGGUGCCUUUGCUCGUAUGUCAGACUCAAUACCACCCCUCCCACCCCCCCAGCAGCCCACGGGUGAGGAGGAUGAGGAUGACUGGGAGUCAUAAAUAGGGUCAGUUGAGUGUCAGUGUGAAUCCCAGGACUCU